AUGGCGCGCGCCAACUCCACGUUGUGGACAGACAACCUCGUCAAUGGAACUCAUAUGGAUAUGCACAAAUAUCUCAUCUCUGAUGUGCUCCGCGACCAGUGGGGCUUCAAAGGUCUAUGUAUGAGCGAUUGGGGAGGCACCAAUUCGACAGUUGAGAGUGUAUUGGCUGGCUGCGACCUGGAGAUGCCUGGCCCAACGCUGCGAAGGGGAGAAAACCUCCUCGGUGCGCUUGAACACAAGGAUACUGACGUACUGAAGACGGCGAUUAAUGCUUCUUGUGCUAGGUUACUGAGUCUAGCAGAAAGGCUAGGCAAACUGGGCCUUUCUGAAACCGACGUUAAGGCCAGCAGACAUGCACCUGAAUGUUCAACUACUAGUCCGGAGGAUGUGGCAACAUUAAGAAGGAUUGCUGCGAAUGGCAUAGUUCUGCUUAAAAACGACAGCAAUGUACUUCCACUAGAUCCUCAAAAGCUCAGUGGCAAGAAAAUUGCCUUCGUCGGUCCAAAUGCUCUGGUUGGCGCUUCAAAUGGUGGUGGAAGUGCAGCCAUGAAUCCGGGAUAUCUCACUCAUCCGUUCAAUUCACUCAAGGUAGCAUUGAAGAAAUUGGGUAUAGAGGCUGAGGUGCACGCUGCACAAGGUUGUCGUACCCACAAAUGGCUGCCUCUCCUUUCAACAACUCAGUGGCAGGCGGACGACUCUGAGACCUCGAUGCUACGCAUUGAUUUCUUCGCCUCUCAUAACUGCACAGGUGACGUCCUAGAGACGCAGUACCGCAACAACUCAAGUAUCGAUCUUUUCGACUCUGGACCAGAGAGCCUCAGAGAUGGUGGAGAACCAUACUCUUUCCGAAUGACCUCGAUCCUGACUCCAGCGACAGACGGGAAUCACACCUUUAGCGUCUCUAGCGUGGGCGGAGCCCGUCUAUUUGUGGGAGACGAUUUGGUCUUGGACAACAGUGACUGGAACGGCAUCGGAGAGACGUUCUAUUCGUUCGGAAGUCCAGAGUUACUUUCGAGCAUGUCUAUGUCGGUAGGACGUAGCUACAAGGUCGUACUUGAAGCAUGGUCCAAGACCAACAACGCGGUCAAGACUGAUUCGAAAGAUGUCGAGCCGAUGCACGUUUAUGGUGCACAGCCAUCGACCAGGCUUGGUUUCCUAGAGGAAGAUACAUCGACCAUCGCAGAAGCUAUCACACUCGCAGACAAUAGUGACGUUUGCAUUGUGGUUCUCGGCCUCAACGAUGAGUGGGAGAGCGAAGGCUAUGACCGACCAUCGAUGGGACUUCCGGGCGAUCAGGACAAGCUCGUUGAGGACAUUCUAGCCUCCACUCGCCAUCCAGAGCGUAUCAUCAUUGUCAACCAGUCAGGCUCGCCAUUGGAAAUGCCAUGGGCAGAUCGCGCGCAUACAAUUCUGCAAGCUUGGUAUGGAGGACAAGAAGCGGGCAAUGCAUUGGCAGACGUCUUACUCGGCAUCGCAAGACCAAAAGGACGUCUACCCAUGACUUGGCCCAAGGCGUACUCAGAUCUCCCAUUCGCUACCGACAGAGAGAGUUGGCCUGGAGUUGAUGACAAAGUCGUUUACAAGGAGGGUAACAAGAUAGGAUAUCGGUGGCACCUCGACGCUGGCGUCGCACCACAAUGGUGGUUCGGAUUCGGCCUGGACUAUACCACGUUCGACUCAACCGUCGUAAGCGUUGUUACUGAGCAUGAUCGUUGGGACAUCUGCGUCCGUAUACUGAACAUAGGUCUGAUGAUUGGGGAGGACGUCGUUCAGGUGUACGUGUGGCCGUCGCAGCAGCCAAGAGCAAAGCGUCUUAUCGCUUUCGAGCGGACGGAGUCGAUCGAGCCACGAGACAGUAUCACAGUCAAGCUGCCUGUUCAACUACGCGACGUCGCCGAAUGGUCGGAGCAAAAAUGGCUGUUGCAGCGCGGUUCGUACGCGAUUGGUGUUGGGAAACACGCUGGAGAUUCUGAGAUGGCCACCAAGUUCAUCGAUGUGCGGAAGGCUUUAUCCUGGGAUCCUUGA